GAAAAAGGAGCAUGUACAUGAAAGUAAGAGUAAUGAUAAUAUGUAUAAGACUCUCCUUCAAUGUUGCUGCUAGCUAGCUCUUACUAAAGACAAUCUAGUCAUACACAUUUCACAUGGAUUCUCCAAAUAACUUGUCUAGAUUGACUCCCCUAGCUCAUCCAACAAGAACACUUCUUCUGAAAUUCAAUGCAAAGCAUAUAAAUGAUCAAUCUGAAACUCCAACACCUCCGACAGAUGAAGAUGAAAUUAACACUAACAUUGAGCAACACCACAAUUACUACAUUCCUGAACUUGAAGCUGAUGAUGUGCCCUUCUAUAACUCAGCCUCCUCGACAAACACUCCUCUACGGUCACCCCCUCAUGUCGGCUGCCUUCAAACUCCUUCUAUUCGGCUCUAUGGCUCCGGUAGCAGGAGAUCAAGAUCAGUGAAAAGUGAAGUUACUGAAUCAAGGUUUUCAAGAAGGGAAGAACAACAGGAUGAUAGUCAAGCUUCUGGAAUUUAUGUCACCUGGAGUGAGUUGUGGGUGACUGUGCCAGGGAAGAAUGGUGGUCGCCGCCCAAUUCUGCAGGGGCUCACGGGCUAUGUAAGGCCUGGUGAGUGUUUGGCCAUCAUGGGUCCUUCUGGCUGUGGCAAAUCUACUCUUCUUGAUACUUUAGCAGGAAGGUUGGCUUCAAACACAACACAGAGCGGAGAUAUUCUGAUCAAUGGGCACAAACAAGCACUGGCUUUUGGUGCUUCAGCCUAUGUGACUCAAGAUAAUACACUGAUGACUACACUAACCGUCCUAGAAGCCAUAUACUUUUCCGCUCAACUCCAACUGCCUGAUUCUAUGUCAAAAUUGGCGAAGAGGGAGAGGGCCAUAAUGACGAUUACAGACAUGGGAUUGCAGGACGACAUGAACACCAGAAUUGGAGGCCUUACCGGUGGCCAGAAGAGGAGAGUUAGCAUAUGCAUAGAAAUCUUGAAACACCCACAACUUUUGUUUCUUGAUGAACCUACAAGUGGAUUGGAUAGUGCAGCAUCUUACCAUGUCAUGAGCCGUAUAAUUAAACUUGCUCAGCAGGAUAAAAGGACUGUCAUAGCUUCCAUCCAUCAACCAAGUGGUGAAGUCUUUGAUCUUUUCCAUAAUUUAUCACUUCUAUCAUCUGGUAAACAAGUUUAUUUUGGUGCAACUUCACGAGCUAAUGAGUUCUUUGCCUCUAAUGGCUUCCCUUGUCCAAGCACGAGAAAUCUUUCUGAUCACUUCCUCAGAACUAUUAAUAUUGAUUUCGAUGUUGAUGUUGAGCAUGAGCUUGGUGGAAGCGUAAUAACUGCCACAAAAGCCAUUGAAAUCCUUGUCAAUGCAUAUACCUCAUCCGAAGCACACCAGCAAGUUAUCAAUAAAGUACAAGAGAUAUGUGAAAAGAAUCAAGUGACACUAAAGGAGAAGGAAGGUCAAGCAGGCUUCAUUACUCAAUGCCAAGUUCUUACCAAAAGAUCUUUCAUCAACAUGUAUCGUGAUCCAGGUUAUUACUGGCUUCGUCUGGUAAUUUAUGUUGCAUUGUGCUUGUGCAUUGGGACCAUAUUUUAUGACGUUGGCCACAGUUACAGCGCGAUUCAGGCUAUAGGUUCAAUGCUCAUGUUUACGGCAAGUUUCUUGACUUUUAUGGCCAUAGGCGGAUUCCCUUCUUUUGUAGAGGAUAUGAAGAUUUUUAUACGAGAAAGAUUGAAUGGACACUAUGGAGUAGCUGCAUAUGUUGUGGGAAACACCCUUUCUUCUGCACCAUACUUGUUAUUGAUCUGUAUCAUCCCUGGGUCAAUUGCUUAUUUCCUCGUUGGCCUGCAAAAGGAGUUUGACCGUAUUGUCUACUUUGGCAUGAUACUCUUUGCCUGUAUGCUACUGGUCGAAAGCCUAAUGAUGAUGGUUGCAAGUAUUGUCCCCGAUUUUCUGUUGGGAAUCAUCACAGGUGCUGGACUUCAAGGAAUGAUGAUGUUGAACGGAGGGUUUUUUCGACUGCCAGAUGAUCUCCCUAAGCCAUUAUGGAAAUAUCCAAUAAGCUACAUUUCAUUCCACAAGUACGCGUGUGAGGGACUUUUCAAGAACGAGUAUCUGGGACUGACAUUUCCGAAUGAGAAAGUUGGAGGACCGCCUACAAUUACUGGAGAGGAGAUUUUGAAGAAUUAUUGGGAAAUGGAAGAUUAUUCAAAAUGGUUGGAUUUGGCGGUUUUGUUGGGAAUGGUAGUAAUAUACAGGCUUCUGUUCUUUGGAAUUAUAAAGGCUUUAGAGAAGUUCAAGCCAGUGAUUGCAGCUUGGAUUAGUUCUUGGCGUACAGACUCAGAAGAUAAUUCUACAGCCCCUGAUGUAGGAUGCAGUGUUCGUCGUGUUCGGACUUUUUCACUGUUCGAUUGUUCAUUUUAUACUGUUGAUUUAACAUUUCGCGAAUAGAUUAAAAACAAGGCAAACUAUUUGUGUGUGUAGUGAAUGAAUUCAUGGCAACAAAAAUGUGUGUGAUACAUGUUUGCAUCUGUCUAUUAUUCUGGUGUGUUUUUGGCAACAGACAGGAUUGAUAGAUUUGAUGUGCGUUUUAAAACAAUAAAUCUUUUCUCCUUUA